CGUACGAUAACAAUUAGGUAAUAAAUUGAAAAUUAAUUAUCGAUACUGACUUUUCUAUUGCUAUAGUCAUUUUAAUCACGUCCACUCGUAGUUUAAUGUUUCCUAAUCGAUAUUAUGUUCAAUCGAUUUUUACGAUCGUUUGCAAUAAAAUUCACUGGUUUCGUGGCUUUAUUACUCCUGUCGAUAUGUGUUAAUAUUCAUGGGGGUUCGGGAAUUAAGCCGUCACGAUUCCCGGAUCAUUCCGAGGGUAAAAUAAUAGGUGGAGAACCAAUAAAGAUAGAAAAUUUGCCAUCAGCUGUGCAGUUCUUUAACUUCGGAUCUUUAUGCUCUGGGAGCAUUAUAAAUAGUUGGUCAAUACUCACAGCUGCGCAUUGUUUUGAUAAUAAUAAAAAUAUUUUUAACAUGGUAAUACAAGUUGGAGCUCGGUACGUUUAUGAUUACGACGGCGAUAUACGGAGAGUAUCAGAUUAUGUGAUUCAUAGCAACUACAGUAAAGCGAUGCCGUUCGCUUGUGAUAUUGCUAUUAUAUUUGUAAAUGAAGUAAUCACAUUUGGGAGUACUGUUAAAAAAGCACUGCUCGUAACAAAUGAAAGCUGGAAAAAAGAAAAUAAUAAAUUGGUCGCAGCCGGUUGGGGGUGGACGAAAUACGGAGGGCCAAUAUCAGACAGUGGACUCAUGAGUACCAGACUACAUUUUGUGCCAAAAGAGAAAUGCGAAAGUAUGCAUAAGAUAAAACUGACAACGGAUAUGUUUUGUUUGUAUGGAGACGGCAUCCGGGAUACAUGUAAGGGUGACUCAGGUGGAGGUGUUUUGUGGAAUGACAUGAUCGUUGGCAUCGUAUCUCACGGGGACGGAUGCUCAAAGAAACUUAAGCCAAGCAUCUACACAAAUGUCUUCUUUUUCAGAAAAUGGAUUAGAUCACAAGUUAAGAACUUCGUAGAAAGUUUUUGUAAAAAAACAAAGACGUGAUAAGUAAUUAACUAACUCUAAG